GGGCCCGGUCCGCCCCGCGCCGCGCCCCCUGCCGCCGGGCCCGGUCCGCCCCGCGCCGCGCCGAGGUCUUCCAGCCGGGCCGGCCGGGCCGUGCGCCUCGCGGCGGGAUGAAGGUGACCGUGUGCUUCGGCGGGACCGGCAUCGUGGUGCCCUGCCAGCAGGGCGGGCUGCGCGUGCGGGAGCUGACCCAGCGGGCGCUGGCGCGGUACCUGAAGGCCCGCGAGAAGGAUCCUAGUUACUGGGUGAAGAUUCAUCACUUAGAGUACACAGAUGGAGGAAUCCUGGAUCCAGAUGAUGUCUUGGCAGAUGUUGUAGAAGACAAAGAUAAGCUGAUUGCUGUGUUUGAGGAGCAGGAACCACCCUGCACGACUGAGAGCCCUGGCGGAAACCCGGCAGGUCGGCAGAGCCCUGAUGCCUUGGACACAGAAGUGGCUGCUCAACUGGCUGCAUUUAAACCAGUCGGUGGGGAAAUUGAAGUGACCCCUUCUGCUCUGAAGUUAGGCACUCCACUGCUGGUGAGGAGAAGCAGUGACCCGGCGCCUGGGCCACCUGCUGAUGCUCAGCCGAGAGCUGCACACCCAGGUGGCCAGAGUGUGAGACCUGUUGUUUCAGAUUCCACACAGGAGCUGGGAGGCCGAGAAGUGAUGAAUGGAGUACAGACAGAACUCUUCACGGCACCAAGAACCAAGGAUGCAUUGAGUGAUAUGACAAGAACAGUGGAAAUUUCCGGGGAAGGAGGCCCCUUAGGAAUACACGUAGUGCCCUUCUUUUCAUCUCUGAGUGGAAGGAUCCUAGGACUCUUCAUCCGAGGCAUCGAAGAAAACAGCAGGUGCAAGCGGGAGGGGCUCUUUCAGGAAAACGAAUGCAUCGUGAAGAUCAACAGUGUGGAGCUCGUGGACAAAACUUUCGCUCAGGCUCAAGAUGUCUUCCGCCAGGCGAUGAAAUCCCCACAUGUGCUCCUCCAGGUGCUUUCACCACAAAACCGUGAACACUAUGAAAAGUCAGUUAUCGGACCUCUUCACAUUUUCGGUAACAGUGAUGGUGUUUUGAGAACAAAGGUGUCGCCUCCUGUCCAUGGCAAAUCAGGACUCAAGACAGCAAAUCUCACAGGAGCAAAUGGUCCUGAAGCAGAUCCAGCAACUUCCCUGCAACAAAGCAAGAGCCCCAGAGUACCAAGACUGGGAAGAAAGCCUUCCUCUCCCUCGCUCUCCCCUCUCAUGGGGUUUGGCAGCAAGAAAAAUGCAAAGAAAAUUAAAAUUGACCUAAAGAAAGGUCCUGAAGGUCUUGGUUUCACUGUGGUUACCAGAGAUUCUUCCAUUCAUGGUCCAGGUCCAAUUUUUGUAAAAAACAUUUUACCAAAAGGAGCAGCAAUACGAGAUGGCCGCCUACAAUCAGGCGACAGAAUUUUGGAGGUGAAUGGCAGAGAUGUCACUGGGCGGACACAGGAAGAGCUUGUGGCCAUGCUGAGGAGCACCAAGCAGGGAGAGACAGCUUCGCUGGUUAUUGCCCGCCAAGAAGGAAGCUUUCUGCCCCGAGAGCUGAAAGGAGAACCUGACUGUUAUGCGCUCUCCCUGGACACAAGCGAGCCACUCACGUUUGAGAUCCCCCUGAAUGACUCUGGCUCUGCUGGCCUUGGCGUGAGCUUGAAAGGGAACAAAGCCCGAGAAACUGGACUGGACUUGGGGAUCUUUAUCAAAUCCAUCAUCCACGGAGGGGCUGCUUUCAAGGAUGGUCGUCUGCGAGUGAAUGACCAGCUGAUUGCAGUUAAUGGGGAAUCUCUUCUGGGAAAGUCCAACCACGAAGCUAUGGAAACACUUAGGCGAUCAAUGUCUAUGGAAGGAAACAUACGAGGGAUGAUCCAGUUGGUGAUUCUGAGGAGACCAGAGAGACCCACAGAGGAGACUGCUGAGUGUGGGGCAUUCUCCAAGCCUUGCUUUGAGAACUGUCAAAAUGUUCUACCCGCCUCCAGCCGAAAUGAGAGUGGCAUAUUACAUUCCUUUGACAAUUACAGUCCACAAGAUAAACAGAAAGAGCUGGUGCUGCCCCAUGAUGAGUGGGCCAGGGGUGAAGCCCCUCCCUCCCUGCCACCACAUCCUGGGCUGGAAAUGGGCCUUGAAGAUUACAGCCACAGCUCUGGGGUGGACUCAGCAGUAUAUUUUCCAGAUCAGCACAUCAACUUCAGAUCCAUGACACUGGCCAGGCAGCCCGAAUCAAUUAACCUGAAAGCCUCGAAGAGCAUGGACCUCGUACCAGAUGAAAGCAAAGUACAUUCACUGGCUGGACCCAGACCGGAAUCUCCAAACAGAGAUUUUGGCCCAACCCUGGGAUUGAAAAAGUCCAGUUCCUUGGAGAGUCUGCAGACUGCGGUGGCCGAGGUCAGAAAGAACGAACUGCCAUUCCACAGGCCCCGGCCGCAUAUGGUGCGAGGCCGCGGCUGCAACGAGAGCUUCCGGGCGGCCAUCGACAAGUCCUACGAUGGGCCUGAAGAGCUGGACGCUGAUGGUCUGUCUGAUAAGAGCUCACACUCUGGCCAAGGGGCUCUGAAUUGUGAAUCUGCUGCUCAGGGGAACUCUGAGCUACAGGACCUGGAGAACAAAGCCAGGAAGGUAAAAAAAACAAAGGAGAAGGAGAAGAAAAAAGAAAAGGGCAAGUUGAAAGUCAAAGAGAAAAAGCAGAAAGAGAACAAUGAAGACCCAGAAAGAAAAAUCAAGAGGAAGGGGCUUGGAGCCAUGCUGAGAUUCGGCAAGAAGAAAGACGGAAAGCGAGGCGAAGCAGAGCAGAAAGGAGGCCCGAAGCCGGGGAGCCCGCGCCCCGAGGAGCCGGAGCCGCGGGAGGCGGAGCGCGCACGGAUUGGAGCAAAACAUCAAGAGCUAAGAGAAAAGCAAGCAAGAGGUCUGCUGGACUAUGCCACUGGUACAAUUGGAUCAGUGCAUGAUAUGGAUGAUGAUGAAAUAGACCCCAAUUACGCCAGAGUGAACCACUUUCGGGAACCAUGUGCAUCUGCAAAUGUCUUUAGAUCUCCAUCUCCUCCUCGGGCUGGACCAUUUGGUUACCCUAGAGAUGGCCGUCCACUGUCUCCAGAGAGAGACCACUUAGAGGGUCUCUACGCCAAGGUCAACAAGCCAUAUCAGCCGCCAGUUCCAGUUGACAGAGCGAUUGAUUCCCCUUGAAUAUUUUUGGAUCCUAUGAAUGAACAGUUUGAUGAAUCUUAGACUCCAAGGCACCUUCAGUGGUCAAGCCUCACGUACCCCUCAUUGGAGGCAAGUCUGCACAAAAUUCCUAGGAGGUGACACUCGACCCUUGACAGUAUACUCCCAGUGACAAGAAUUCACUGAGGUCCCUUUUCUACUCUGAGAUCGGUGUACAUGGUACAGAGACGCCCGCCGUGUGUCUGCCCCAGUGCUGUCUCUGGGCAGCACUCACAGUGGAUCUGCAGCCACCCUGCCCAGGCGAGAAGGCAGAGCUCCAUCAGCAGCCAGUGAUCGUGCUGCCUGCCUUUAUGAACAGUCAUUUGCUGGAUACCACGCCGCGUGCUCAGAGCUGGCCUUCCGAAGGAUGCAGAGAGCACAGCACAGAGCCCUGGGCAUUCGCCGGGUAGUCAUUUCUUCAGUGUAGUGUGCCCUGCUGUUUUAGUGCCUAAUUCAGUCCUCUCGGUAGCUGUUGUCUGAGUACAGACAAGUCUGUAGCAUUUCAGGCUAAGUUAAACACACUAUGCAUAGCUGAAUGCUGAACUUCAAAUGUGGCCAAUGGGAGUCACUGGGAUUUUUGUAUCCAAUCUUAAUCUUUUACAUUUAUUAAUGUUACCUAAACUUUUACAUCAGUUGUUGCUAUUCACUUAUAUGUACUUCUCAACUAAAACUUCUAAUUUUUUUUCACUUGCUAUCAUGCCAGAUUCCUCAAAAUACUGUACAAAAUCCCAUACUUGUACAAUGAAUUUUUAAAGCAUAGGAUAUUCUCUUUAACCAAGUUAAAUAUUUACAUGUUAGAUUUAGCCUACUCUUGUGCCCAAUAAAGAUAUUUUAGAAGUAUUGAUUUCCAUCCUCCCAUAUACAGCGUUGGCCAUUCUUACUAGGUUAUACUAUUUGCAUAUUUAAUCACUGUGCUCAUCUAUGUCAUGAUAAGAUCAUUGAUCACUGUCAAGUGAAAUGCCUACAACUCAUUACUUGAGACCCCCAUUCAUCAGCACUCUUUGGGUUCCUCACUUAGCUAUUAAUCUAGUCUACUAUUAUCUAAGCUGCAUUCUCCAGUUCAUCUCUGGACACCACAGAGCCUUGAUCAAAGUCUCACUGAGGCUGUGCUACAUCAUGUUUGUGAGAAUGCCUUGAUUUAGCAUCAUGCAACCUUGACAAGAAAGAGACUGCGUGCUUUUAGUGAAUCAGAGAGAACCUUAUUCUUUUCCAGUUAUUCAUAAAUAGUGUGUCCAUUUAGACUUUAUCAUACAAAAUAAUUGUUUCUAUGAUCCUAAGCUCUUACUAUCUGUUUAUCAAAUACUUGCUGACCAAUAGACAGCAGCCGUGAAAUCAAGGUGGCAAAUAGCACACAAAAUUCUACUUCAGUGACCUGGAUUCCCCAGUAUAUAUUCACCAGCACUCGAGGGAAAUUGUUACUGAGAAUCUGCCGCACAAAGAAGUUUAGAAAUAAUUCUGACCUUCAAGAAACUCAAUCUAGUAGCUGAAACUAUUUCAUGAACAAAGAACCAAAGCAUAAUGUUUUCUAUCAGAAUAGAGGCACAUAACAUAAAUUGCAAAUUAAUUUAAUUUUGGAAGCAUAUACUUUUAUAGGUUGGUUUUUUAAAGUAUUAAUUUAAAUGUAUUAAUUUUUCAAAAGCCCCUAGUAUCAACACUAUAAGUGGAUAGCCAAUGUCCCAUGGAUUGCUUGUGGCUUACAUGAAAUUAAACACUGCCUGGCUCAGUAAAUACUGAGUAAGGCUCCUCAGGAAGGCUUCUGGAGUAUGUACAGGCAGACUUAAUAGUAUAUUAUUGGGCUCUCUCUUGAGAAGGUUACUGAACUAUAUCUAAAUAGUUAAGAAAAAUUAUUGAUUUUACCUAGCUUUUGACCCCUGAAAUCAUGCAUUUGGGAACCUGUUGCAUGGUCUUAUGGUUAAUGAUUCGUUCCUGUCUCUAGCCCCAGCCCCUCCUCACAUAUUGCAGCCAUCACAAACAAAAAGUAGAAAGGGAAAAGCAAGUAAGGGGAUACAACUAAAACCAAACCACAUUCUGUUUUAUCACUUUUAAAAUGAUCUGUGUAAACGAAGGGUGCCAAACUGAGCUGUAUGUUAAAGACUAUAACUCAGAUUCAGAUAUCCCUGAAACCAUAACUUACAUUUCCGUAUACUGAUCACCAGAACUAAGCUUAUCUUUCUGCCACAUUAUUUAAAUGUUUGUGUGAUUAGGAGUUAGGUUCAACAGUUGUCUACAGAAUGGGAUCCCGAAUUUCUACGCACCCUAGAAGACUUGUCAAUAGCAACAAUGUGCUAAAUCAAAUCUUAUUUAGCUAUAAACAUGGAAAUGUCAACUGACAUAGUUUUCUUACCUGCCAUGGAAUUCAGGUGGCCCUGGCUCCCUUCGUGGGUAACCGCUUUCAUCCUGCCUCUCUUGAGGACGGCCUUCACCCUUGUGUUGCAUCAUAAUCUGAAAUGGCUUUUGCAGCUCUAGACUUGGUGCCUACUUUCCAGAGAGAAGGAAGUCAAGAGGGGCAGAUGGCCAAUGCAACAUUCUAGUCAGGUUCAUCCCUUUGAAAACAUUUCCCAGAAAGUCCCCACAUCUUUUCAUUGGCAAAAAUUGUUCAGGAAGAUGUUGAAGACUAGCACAUCAUCUUGCCAGUCAACACAGUCAAGGACAAAGGAGUUGUAAGUUGCUUUGAGGAUCUCGCUGUAUGCAGUCCACGCACAUAUUACUUCCAGAUGACUUCUCUCCUUUUUUUUUCACUUCCCUUUAAUAAUGCAGAAGUUACAGAUUAAUGGUACAUAGCCAUUUUGGUCAAAUAUAUUCUCAAGCACUCCCUGUGGGAGGCCAUCUUCAUUAUGGAGACUCUCUUUCAUAGCUCAGAUAGAAUAUUUCAGCCUGAAUAAUGUCUAGUAUCACUUACAAUGGUACCUGGGGUAUAUACAUUUUUAGUUCUCAUGAUCACAAGGUUUUGUUUGAGAAAUUCUAAGAGCUAUGAUGGAUAUUUUUUUAAAAAAUGUUAACAAGAAAGCUCUGUAACCAGAUGUAAACAGCUGAAUUGGAGCAUAUUUUGUGCUAUUGGGCAGCGUAGGGGCCGAAAUUUCUUCAUCACGAACAGUGUUAGUUUCAGUGAGGCAGCAUUUCACUAAGCAAAGCUUUUCCUGUACAGCUCAUGCUCCUAUUGCUAUUGGUCAAGAGUCUUCUCCCUAAAUUAAUUGUACUUUACUUUAAUAGCAUUUUAUCUCUUACUUCUCACUUGUGACUUUGUGGAACCUGUAUAGGGGGACUUGAACUGUGAAUACGGUAAACUUCUUAGGGAUCUAUUUCUAAGUUCCUAUCAACAGAGCUAAAGUGAUCUCAUUUUUCAGUUUGAGUAUCCCAGUGAUAAAUGCCAUUUCCUUAGAGACUUAACUCAUCAGCUGAACAAAGCAAUCAGAUUUUUUUAUAGAGUAUAUUGCCAUCCAUUUUAAGUGACUUCUAACCAAUAAUGAGAGAAAUCUUAAUAAAGAAUCUCUGUGACCAGCUAAGUGCUAACAGUAAGGGGUAUACCAUUAACUCUCCUCUCCUCCACCCCUCUCUACUUAAAACUUGAUGUUCUCAUUGUUUGCAUGUUCUGAGAGCACUGCUCUUGGGACUGUGCUCAGUUAUGUCAGACUAAUUUGUCAGCUUCCAGGGGUGACAAAUGCAGAGAACCUUGUCCUUUAAGAUGCAUGAACUGGGCAAAGAAAGUUGAUACUAGGUGACCACUGAUUUCUAAGAAUACCCCCAUUCUCACCUCUGUAUUGAAGGGAUUCUUGCCACAGGAUUACCCUGAUUUCUUAGAACCAUCAUUUAAACAUGGACCUGAAUGUUUAAAAGUGACUUGAAUCUUGGGGUAUAUACCUCUUAAUAAUUCUGUUUACUUUGGGGAAGCUAGAAGGAUGUGUGAAGUAUCCUCAGUUAUUAUAGAAACUAACAAAGACAGCACAUAAGAGUCCCUGCUUUGUAACAGAUGAAGUUGAUAACUGGAAUGAUGAUAAUGAUGAUGAUGAUCAUGAUCAUGAUCAUGAUGAUAAUGUGUGGUCAAGGUGAGCCAGAGAGGCUAUGGGAGGAGAUGAGGGAGGCACUGGAUGCAUAGCUGGCUGUCAAAGGAGUCUCCUUGAAGGGACCGUUUUAUUAUUCCUUAGGGAAAAGGUAGACAUUAACCAACCAUGUUCAAAGGGCCCCAGAGAAAGCCUGGCAUAUUUAGAUAACCGCUAAUUCCAGAGCCACUGCAGUGUGGUGUGUGAGGACCAGCUGGAGCAAGAGGUGAAGGUCAGAACCCACUGUGUGGGUCAGGGCCAAAUGUUCCAAGGUAAAGCAGCUGGACUAGCUCAGUGGCAACAGGGAGUCCAUGAAGAGACUCUCACGUUCAGAGUAAUGACAGGUUCUGUCGGGUAGGACUCCAAGUUUACAAGUAAGAAACUGGAGAUGUGGAAAAAAAUUUGGUGACACAGGUUGAAAAAGCAACCAUUCAACCCAGAUCAGAUCCUAAAACCUAUGCAUAAGCUUUCAGCUCUGCUAGGAUUUUUCAAACUCUAGGUCAAUGACGGCGAACCUAUGGCAUGUGUGUUGUUUUUCUUUUAAGACAAAAGAUGUUCAUGUAUGAGUUGUUUUUUUCCAAAUUGAAAUCUCAGUAUUCUGGUUUCGUUGCAGCAUCAGUAAGUGCAUAAGUGGGUUUGGGGUUGUAGUUUGGGCACUCAUCUCUAAAAGGUUUGCUAUCAUGCUAUCAGUCACAGCCCAUUAACCCGUUAAUACAUCUUACCACUAAUUUAAUGGGGUCAAUGAAUAUUUUUAAACAAAAUAGGACAAAAAUAAUAGAAAAUAUAAUUUUAUAGAUUGGAAUACAUGUAAGAAUUAUUUCAUAUUUUCAUUUCAGUUAUAAAUAUAAAUAAAAUACGCCCUGUAUGGAGGUAUAUAUCUCAAUACUAGGUCAUGGGACAAAACAUACUUCUCACUGUGGAUUGCAGUAAAAAGUUAGAGACCACUAAGCAUGAGCAAAGAACAUGCGUGCUCCUCUCACCUGCCAGACAUCUCUCCCUCAUUCAUUUAUUCUUUAAAUUACUAGAUGUCUGUUAUCUACCAAGCACCCUAUUCUGGGCUGUGGGAAUAAAAAAAAUGUACCAGAAACCUUGGGCUGUGACCUCCUUCUCUGUAGCAGUACAGGAUUUGUGUUGAUCUACCACAGUGCUCUUGGCCCCAGUGACCCUAUAAGGUUUACAUUAACCUAUUAGGCUAAGCCACACACCUCUUCUUACACAGUCUUUACCAGCACUAAGGACAGAUUAUGAAGCACCCUCUUUACAAGUUCUUCAUUUAGUGCCACGUGUAAUCAAGAUAAGGCAUGGUUAGGUCAAUUUCUUUCCUGUAUUUAUCUUUCCAAACAAUAAAUAAUCAGUGGGAUGAGAAAGGGCAGUAACAGAUAGUUUUAAUGUUAGCACUCGUAAAUGUCUGACAUCUUAAAAGAGAUGUUUAAUACUUAUAUGAGGUACCAUACAUUUCCCUCUGGAGAGCUGACGGAGGAUUGAUAAGCACCAAACCAGAAAUAGAGUUCAAGAGCCACUGCUGUUCUGUAUAGGCUUUAAGUCAGUCCUGAGCAAGCACUCUGGCUUCCCUCAAAUGUGGCUAUUCCUCAGCCCCUCGCUUUCCUGAUAGCCAAGACUUCCGUGAACAGCCAGGAGGAGUAACACUCAUCAACACAGAUGCAGUGGGCUUCCCAAGUCAAGGGUAGUAGGAGGCCUGGCCCGGGCCAUGCUUACCUUUGAAGCAAAGCCUGGUGGGAUAUGCUUAUCCCUCUCCCUCUAUGGUUCCUCAUGAAAAAUCAAGCCCUGGGGACAUUGCUGAGGUCACUUGCAUUCACCACCAGGAGCAGGAAACAUAGUUGUCUCUAAAGUCAGUUAAAAGGCAAGGCUGGCUCACAGCCAGAAUCACCCUCGAAACCCAUGAAACCGUGCUGUAAGCACAGUGUACAUAAUAUUGUGCAUAAUACUCAUAUUAAUUGUUACUUACAUAAAAGUUUAAGAUCCAGGAAGUAGAACACAGGGAAACAAGAAAGGAAGAUCUGCAUAUGGGAGAGAAUGUAGUGGCCGGAGCUUCAAUUCUGAAACCUACCUUGCUCAUUUUGAGUCUUCAGUCUGCUGCUCGGUGUAGCUGUGGGACUUUGAACAAAUUAUGUACCACUUUUAUGGCUUGGUUUACAUGUCUAUAAAAUGAGCAUAAUUGUUGUACCUAUAUCAGAGUGUUGUUACAAGUAUUUAACUGAGUUAACAUAUAGAAAUAGCAAACAGUUCCUGGCACCAUUGACGUUUAAACUAAUAUUAUAUGUGCUAAUACACUAUUCUGCCAUUAAGUUCACUAUGAAUUCCCUAAGAGUGACUUAAAGUUGGAUAGAGAAAUCUCUUGUACUUGUUGCCUAAUUUUUUCAAGUUAUUACCUCUUGCAUAAGUACAGCAUAAAGUAAAACCAGGAAUGUGACAUUGGUACAAUGUGUCGGUAUAUUUUUAUGCAAUUUUAUCACACACACAGAUCUGUGUAAGCAUUCUGCAAUUGAAAUACAGAACUACUUGAAUCACCACAAAGAUACCCCUCAAACUCCUACUUUAUUGUUACAUACCCUCCUGCCAGCCCCAUCCCUAGCCCUCAGCAAUCUCUACACAGUUCUUCUGGUACUACAAUUCUAUCAUUUCUAGACUGCUACAUGAAUGGAAUCUUACACUUCGGGAAGUAUGUGACCUGAGUGAGACUGGGUCUUUUCACACAGCACAGUGCCCCUGAUAUCCACCCAAGUUAUGGGUGUCAAUAGUUCAUUCCUUUUUUCCUGACAAGUAGUAUCCUAUAAUAUAGUUAUACCACAAGUUGCUUAUCAUUGGCCUGUUAAGGGCCAUUUUGGUAAUUUCCAGUUUACAGCUAUUAAAAACAGAACUGUUAUAAAUAAUCACAUAUAGGUGUUUAUGCAAAUGUAAGUUUUAUGCCUUCCCCUGUUCCAUAUAUGGUUUUUAUUUCCUUUUCUUGCCUUAUUGCACAGGCUAGAACUUCCAGCAAUACACUGAACUGCAACAGAAAAAGUAAAGCUGAUUGCCUUUUUCCUGGUCUUAGGAGAAAAUAUUCAGUCUUUCACAUGGAGGAUGAUGUUAGCUGUAUGCUCUUGCAGAUGCAAGUAUUUAGUUAAGGAAGUUCUUAAUUCUUAAUUUGCUGAGUUAUCAUAAAUUGAUAUUAAGUUUUAUUAAGUAUAUUUUCUACUUCAACUUAUAUGAGCAUAUGAUUUUCUUCUUUAGCCUGUUAAUAAAUUGGAUUACACUUAUUCCUCUUCAAACACUGAAACAGCUUUGCAUCCCUAGAAUAAAGCCCACUUAAUGAUGUAUACUUAUUUUUAUAUAUUACUUAAUUUUACUUGCUAAUAUUUUUAUAAGAUUUUUUGCAUCCAUAUUCAUGAAGGAUAUUGAUCUGUGGUUUUAGUAUUUUAUAGUGUUCUCAAUUUUGGUACUAGAGUAAUAUUGGCUUCACUGAAUUCACAUAGAUAUACCACCUGUCUUUUAAUUAAUGUUUUCUUAGUAUGUCUUUAUCAUCCUUUUACUUUGAAUAUUUCUAGAUCCUUUUAUUUAAAAAUGUAUCUUUUGUAAGAAGCAUAAAGUUAGGUUUUGUCUUCAUACCAAUUAAAAUAUCUGCAUUUUAACUAUAGAAAUUAUUUGUUUCAUUUAAUGAAACUGCAUAUAGUUUGUUAUAAUCUGUUAUCAUGCUAUCUUCCACUUAUCCUGUUUAUUUUUCUUUUUUUAUCUUUUAUAAAUAACUAAUCAAGCAUUUUAUGUGAUUUGAUUUUUAUCUUAGAUUGUUUUUUUUUUUUUUUUUUUGUCUUUUUCCUUUUUAUGGGUAGCAGGGAUUGAACUCACAACUGCCUGCUUCCAAGGUAGGCGCUUAUGCCGCUGAGCUAAAUCCCCAGCCCAGUUUGUUGUAUAUUCUUUAGCAUUCAAGUAAUGAAACAUUCUUGAUUUGUUAUAGUCAGGGUAAAUUAUUCCUUUAACAACUUCCUGGACAAAUAAAACUCAAAUUAACCUUUCCAAUAUUUUAAGUUGUGUUUUUAUGUAUUUUAAACCUAAAAAAUAUUUGUACUCAAUAAUAUGUUGUUAUCAUGCUAAAUGGUAAAUAUUCACAUAUUUUAACACUGGUAUUUCUGUUUUUUCUUGAAAUUUUUAUGUGCAAUAGUUUUUCUUUAUUCCUUAAAAUCUUCCUGUAGCAUUUCUUAUAAUGUGGCAAAUUAUUCCAAUCCUCAUUUGUUUUUAAAUAUUCUUAAUUCUUCUGAAUUUUUAAAAAUAAUUUCUCUGGAAAUGUAAUUAUCAGAAUCUUUUCCCUAUUUUUUGAGUUACUUUCUCGCUGAUAGAACAAAGCACCUGCUACCCACAAAUUAAAGCAGAAAGGUUUAUUGUGGCUCACAGUUUGUAGGGGUUCCAACCCAUAGUCAGCUGGCCCCAAGGCAGAGUGGCACAGGCGACGGACAUGGCAGAGGAGGAGCAGUCCACGGCGAGGCAGGGGGGAGGCGGCGGCACACAGCAGCAGUCACUCUUUCCAGGUCUGUUCCAUUCAGACUGUGAGCUUACUGACUGGUGCCGCCCACAGCCAGGGCGGGGCUUCCCUUAUCCAACCCAGAACUACACCAAACCCAUUACACCCUUAAUCCUGGCGUCACACAGCCAGAUCCAGGGGGCUCCAGAAAGCCCCUACCCACAAGCACACGAGACUGUGGGCGGAGCAUCUAGAUACAAACAUUCUAACAUUCUAAAGAUGUCAUUUCAUCUGUUUUUAGUUUUCAGCCUGUUCAUUAAAGUCUGUUGUCAGACUACUGUAGCUUCUUUGAAAAUAGUGCUUCUGAUUUUCUUCAGGUGCUGUAACACUUCUAGCUUGAUUUUUAUCAGUUCUUUUAUCAGAUGCCCUUCCUCCCCCUUUUCUAGAAAUCUAAAUCUAAUGAAACAAAACACCAUACCUUACUCUCUGGUCUGUGAUUUCAUUUGUUUCUUCAUCUUUUAGUCUGAUUUCUUUAUCAUUAUUUGUCUUGUAGUUUACUAAUCUUGCCUUCUGUUGUGGCCAGUCUUUUAUUAAACCAAUCUGUAGAGCUCUUACUUCUAGUUAUUUAAAUUUUCAGUGUUAGGUGUUUGCUUAUUUCACCAUGAUAUGCUAAUUGCUUGAGGAAUUAUUUCUCUUACCUUGUUGCUUGACUAUAUUAAACUAGUUAUUUUAAUAACUAUGUGUGCCAAUGGUGAUAUAUGAAUUAACUACUGCCAUGGUUUGAUUUUUCUACUUAGUUUUUAGUCAUUUUAUCUUAUCUGCUGGUAUGAAUGAUAAUUUUUUGGAAUGAUAAUUCUGAUCAAAUGUUAGGCAUAGUCCUUGAAAAUAUGUAGAAAUGACCUCAAAGUGAUGUUAUCUUCUUCUACAGGGAAUUUAUUUUUGCACUUUGUCAGGCAGUUGGAGUUAGGGCAUAUUGUCUUAACCCAUUGUUGGACCAGAAGCUGAGUUUCAGCUGUUUUGAGAGACAGUCAGCCUCCUAGUGUAUACGCUCCCUGCGAUUCUAACUAGAAACAUAGGUUCUUUACCAGGGUUCCUCUUCCUUACGAGGUCCUGAACUCUCAUUUCCAUAUUCCCAAAGCCACAAGAAUGUCAGAAUCUCUGCCCAGAUUCCAGUCUCUUUGCCGCUGCUCAUUUUCUUAAUGUCUGAUUCUGUACUCCUGGAAUUAGCAAAUGGCUUGGAAGAACAGCACCACAGACUAUUAGGCUCAGUUCAGUGUGCUUCCUACCACUGUUCAGAGUCUGUCUUGGCCUCUCGAGACCUGGCUGCCUUGGGAAUUCUCCAACGUGGUUUUGUUCUCUGUGAGCCUUUUUCAAGGUUUUCCAUAUUUCUGGUUACUGUUAGGGAAGGAUGAAUGCAAUAAGCUCUUUUUCCACUACCAAAAAUGAAAA